AUUUAGAUUACGGCUCUGAAAUCCAAGGACUGCGUUUGACAUUUUUAGCAAGCAAAAAACUAAUCAUGUCUGAAAAGGAGCUGGGGAAAAAGCUGGAUCGAUGCCUCGCAGAUAGCGCCGUCAAACUUGGUGCUGGUCUGGGCUUAGGAAUCGUGUUCUCUGUGGUAUUCUUCAAACGACACACCUGGCCAGUUGCCUUUGGCUUAGGAAUGGGGCUUGGCAUGGCAUACACAAACUGCCAGAAUGAUUUGAGGGCACCAUAUCUAAUUCAGAGAAACAUUAAGGAGCAGUAGCCACACGUCAGCGAGGGACUGUCUUUCUUUGUCACUUUUUUUUGGGAUGCCCAUCAUUUGCACUGACUUCCAGCCAGACUAAUUUCCUUCUGUGGUUCGACCCUUCCAUACGUAUUCAUAUAAUUUUUACGUGCCUGAGCAGGACAGUCUGUCUUUAUUUAAUAAAAUAGUCGUAAAAUAAA